GUGCUGAUUGUGGUCGGAGCUAGUAAAAAACUAGAAAGGAAGGAAUCAGGAAAUCUCUGGCAUCGUAGAUAAACACCGUGAAGAGGUGUGAACCCAGCGAGCACACAGCUGUCACAAUACCAACAGUAAAAAGACCCGAUUGAGUCCAUCAUACAGCGAGGGUCAACAUGUCUGAGACAUACGACUUCCUGUUUAAGUUCCUGGUGAUUGGCAGUGCUGGGACAGGGAAAUCCUGCCUCCUUCACCAAUUCAUUGAGAACAAGUUUAAACAGGACUCCAACCACACCAUCGGCGUGGAGUUUGGUUCCAGAGUGGUCAAUGUUGGUGGAAAGACGGUCAAACUGCAGAUCUGGGACACUGCGGGGCAGGAGCGAUUUCGUUCUGUUACACGCAGCUACUACAGAGGAGCAGCUGGCGCGCUUCUCGUCUAUGAUAUUACCAGUCGGGAGACAUACAACGCCCUAACCAACUGGCUGACAGAUGCACGGACUCUGGCGAGCCCCAACAUUGUUAUUAUCCUGUGUGGCAACAAGAAAGACCUUGAAGCAGACCGAGAGGUGACCUUCCUGGAAGCGUCACGCUUUGCUCAGGAGAAUGAGCUGAUCUUCCUGGAGACCAGUGCUCUGACAGGGGAGAAUGUUGAGGAGGGUUUCCUGAAGUGCGCUCGCAUCAUCCUCAACAAGAUAGAUUCAGGCGAGUUGGACCCGGAGAGGAUGGGUUCAGGUAUCCAGUAUGGAGAUGCUUCGUUGAGGCAGCUGCGGCAGCCGAGAGGCACCACCACCACACAGAACAAGCAGCAGUGUAAUUGCUAGGGAUCGGGGCCCCGCCCUCGCCUCAGCCCACAGGCCCACACAGACAGGACGCCCUCUACAGGUGUUUUUUGGUGUGUGGGACCCUUCUCUCUGCAGUCUCACACACCUUUGAUCACCAGAAUGAGUGGUCAUGGAGAUCACUGCAACCCCUGACCCCUGACCUCUGGUAAGACUCUGUACUUCUAACCUGAGGGGGGUCAGCUUUGCCCCUGUGUCUGGGCAGGGACACCCCUCCGAGUUAACACGCUGGGAUCCUAAAGAAGAAUCUUCACCUUUUUUUAAAAAAAAAAAAAAAAAAAAAAGGUUUCUCGGUGACUUACCAGACAGGGACAAGUCAAGGGUUGUGUGUAUGGGCUGCCCUAUUGUUGUUUUAUCUCUGAGCUUUUCAUUUUGAUUUUAAUAACACCUAUAUGCUUUCUAUGUUCGCACAUCAUUGUUUGUAAAUUAUUACUAUUGGUAAGCUAUUUUGUGCAUAACGAUUGUUCAACCUAUCAGGAAAGGAAUUUCAUGAUUAGUUUGGUCAGUGCUUUUAAGUUUUCAUAUUCAUAAAGGCAAGCUUUUUAUUAUCCAUUAUUUGAGUUAACUGUACUUUAAAUUCAGCCUGUCAUUGAUAGUGACUAAUUGAUAAACAGUCCAAAUGUAUCCUCUUUAUAAUAUAAAUGAACAGAUUUUGGU